AAAAAAAAGGAAGAAAAAAAAAUAAAAACGCAACAUUUAAUUUCUUUUUUUCUUGCCAGAAAGAGUGAAACUUGCACUCUUCUUACAUUUUCACAUAAAUCAUAUUCAUAACUUGAUACUCUUCAGAAAAAAGAUUAAAACUUUCCUAUAAAUUUUGUUUCUUUUGUUCAUCAUAAUCUUCGGAUCCAAACAAUUACAUUUGGAUCUCUUUCUCUCUCCUCUUAUUUGCACAUCCAGUGAUUACAUAUUGAUUAUUGAAGCUUGAACUGAAGUUGGUGUAGUUUUGGAAUUGCAUGUUGUGUGUUAUCAAAUUCUUUGCGAAGAUUUAGCAGUUGCAAUUUGUUGCUUGAAGUGCAACUGGAUUGAUUGAUGAUUUUGGGUUAAAAUGGUUCAUUUUAGUGUAUGAUGAAGUUGUGAUUGUUGAGGUUUUAGGAUUUUUAUAGCCUUAAGUGGAACUGAAUUGCUUGAAGAUUCUGGGUUAAAAUGGUUUAUCUUGGUGUAUGAUGAAGAGGGUUCAUUGAUUUUUGAUUGAUUAAGGUUUUUGAAUUUUAUAGCUUGAAGUGGAACUGGAUUGAUUGAUGAAUUUGGGUUAAUUUGGUUCAUUUUGGUGUAUAAUGAAGUGUGUUCUUUGAAUUUUGAUUGUUUGAGGUUUUAGGAUUUUAUAUUCUGGAGUGGGACUGGAUUGAUUGAAGAUUCUGGGUUGCAAUGGUUUAUCUUGGUGUAUGAUGAAGUGGGUUCAUUGAAUUUUGAUUGAUUAAGGUUUUACGAUUUUAGUAUAUUGAUAGAUUAUGAUUGGGAGGAAGAACAUGGGACGAGCUUCUCCCCUACUGUUGAUUAUUUUGGCUAUGGGGGUUUUCUUUGCAACAUAUAAUUUGAUAAUGACGGUUAUCCACAAUAGAAGAAUAAGUUCAUGGGUUCAGAAUGACAGCGAUACCGAUAUGUUCACUGACCCUGUAAUUGGAAUUCCUGAGGAUUUGAAAGGACCAAGAAGAGGUAAAGAACCCUUUCAUGUAGCUUUGACUGCAACUGAUGCACCUUAUAGCAAAUGGCAAUGUCGAAUUAUGUACUACUGGUACAAGAAGCAGAAGGAGUUGCCUGGAUCUGAUUUUGGUGGAUUUACCAGAAUUUUGCAUUCUGGGAGGUCUGAUGACUUGAUGGACGAGAUCCCAACUUAUGUCGUUGAUCCUCUUCCAGCUGGUUUGGAUCGGGGUUAUAUUGUAUUGAACAGACCAUGGGCUUUUGUUCAGUGGCUAGUAAAGGCUCCAAUUGAGGAGGAGUAUGUUUUGAUGGCUGAGCCUGAUCAUAUAUUUUUGAGGCCUUUGCCUAAUUUAGCACUUGGAGGACUUCCAGCUGCUUUCCCAUUUUUCUACAUUAAGCCUGCCGAGCAUGAAAAAAUUGUAAGGAAGUUUUAUCCCGAGGAAAAUGGGCCUGUGACAAAUAUCGAUCCCAUUGGAAAUUCUCCUGUAAUUAUAAAAAAGGAGUUACUGGCUAAGAUUGCACCUACAUGGAUGAAUAUUUCUUUGAAAAUGAAAGAAGACCCAGAGACUGAUAAAACUUUUGGAUGGGUGCUAGAAAUGUAUGCAUAUGCUAUUGCAUCUGCAUUACAUGGGGUCCAGCAUAAUCUUCAAAAGGACUUUAUGCUCCAGCCUCCAUGGGAUCUAUCAACUAAAAACAAGUUCAUUCUCCACUACACUUAUGGAUGUGACUACAACAUGAAGGGUGAGCUUACAUAUGGGAAAAUUGGUGAGUGGAGGUUCGAUAAGAGAUCACAUUUGCGUGGACCACCACCUAAAAACUUAACUCUGCCCCCUCCAGGAGUUCCUGAAAGUGUGGUCACCCUUGUUUCCAUGGUGAAUGAAGCUACCAGCAACAUUCCAAACUGGGACAAAAGCUAGAGACAUUGCGCAGCAAAUUGCGUUUCGACUGUCAAAAUGACUUGGAAUUUUGUAUUUAUGGAUCGACAAGUUUCUUGAUGAAUACGGACUUUAGGUCUUCAUGAGUAUAUUUCUGACCUUAACAGCUUGUGAUCUCAAACACAACACAUACGCCUUUAGGGCCUAAAAAACAGGAGGAUUUUGCUUGUAAGCAAUGUAAAGAUGUGCAGAAAUUACCAGUUGAGAGUUCAAAUAUGGAGCAGAAUUACAGAUAAAUUAUGGAGCACCUUUUUUAACUUUUUUUUUGGUGGGGGUAAUUUUGAUUGUUCAAAUUAGUUGGGCAAUGUUUCUUGCAAGGCAAAUUUGUCUCAAGAGGCCGGAGUUAUCCAGAAUGAAUCUUUUGGGGUGUAUUUGUAAUUGAGAUAUGUUUUUUUUUUUUUUUUUUUUUGGACAUCGGAGUAAUUGAGAUAUGUGAACCAAAGAAGUUUUGAAUACAAACAUUCAUGAUUUUUUCUCUUUUUGACAAGCUAUCAAAGUUCAUGAGAAUAUAUUGUAGUUAGUAAUUUUAUUGA